GGGACAAGAGCGAAAUAUUUAGCUCCGCGAGGGACCAGCAGUGGUGGUGACGAUAACCGACGAGGCAACACACGAGAUAGUGCAGCAUCCCUACACUGUACCUGAUACUGUUCGAUCUCAGCCUUCCCAUGUUGAUUCUCGGCCUCCUGUCCAUCCUGCUGCUGGGCCCUGGGUACCGUGCGGCUGAUAUUCCAGAAGACCCCACGGCAGAGUUCUCAGUCAGACUGUACCACCACAUGCAGGGGGGGGAUGAGAACAUCAUCUUCUCCCCCCUGAGCGUGGCUCUGGCCCUGGGCAUGGUGGAGCUAGGGGCCCGCGGGGCCUCCCUCACAGAGAUACGCCAGGCUUUAGGCUUCAGCCACCUACCUAAAGAUGUUGAGUUCUCAAUGCUCCAGAACCUGACGGGGGCUCUGUAUGAAGACGACGCCCGCUACAUCAUCCGAUUGGCCAACUCCCUCUUCCUGCAGAGCGGAGUGACCUUCAACCCGACGUUCCUGCGGCUGAUGAGGAAGUUAUUCCGGGCCGAGGUGGAGACGGUGGACUUCAGUGAAUCUGCUGCCGUGGCAGAGCAGAUCAACGGCUGGGUGGAAAACCACACGGAAGGUAAGAUUCGUGACCUGUUGUCAGCUGAUGACUUCAGCAGUGUCACCCGGUUGACCCUGGUCAAUGCAGUGUAUUUCCGCGGCAGCUGGAAGAACCAGUUCAGACCUGAAAACACCAGAACCUUCUCCUUCAGCAAAGAUGAUGGGAGUGAGGUCCAAACCCUCAUGAUGUACCAGCAAGGAGAGUUCUACUACGGGGAGUUCAGUGACGGAUCGUCCGAGGCUGGUGGUGUGUACCAGGUGUUAGAGAUGCCCUACGAGGGUGAGGAUAUGAGCAUGCUGAUAGUGUUGCCCAGGCAGGAGGUCCCCCUGGCAGCCCUGGAGCCCAUCAUCAAGGCCCCUCUUCUGGAGGAGUGGGCCAACAAUGUCAAGAGGCAGAAGGUGGAGGUCUACCUGCCCAAGUUUAAGGUAGAGCAGAAGAUUGACCUGAGGGAGACUCUGCAGGAUCUAGGCAUCAAGAAAAUCUUCACCAAAGACGCAGACCUCUCCGCCAUGACUGGUGAGAUGGCUGACGGCAAGGACCUCUUCAUUGGGAAGGCAGUGCAGAAGGCCUACCUGGAGGUGACAGAGGAGGGGGCGGAAGGAGCCGCUGGAUCAGGAAUGAUAGCCCUGACCAGGACUCUGGUGCUGUACCCACAGGUCAUGGCUGAUCACCCCUUCUUCUUCGUCAUCAGAAACCGCAGGACAGGUUCUAUCCUUUUCAUGGGCAGAGUCAUGAUGCCGGAAGUCGUCGAGUCUAGUGACUUUGACAACGACUCCAUGUAACUUUGAAUGACUGCCAAUGUGGGUGUCCUACUAUGAGGUCCUGCUGAAAAUCUGUCAGAUCCAGGCAACAACAACGCCAUAAAUGCAACCUUUCCUCUC